AUGGCGAAGGAUGAAUGCGCAGUGUGUAUGGAACGGGUAAUGGUUUAUUCAGUGGGCGAAUGUAACCACACUGAUGUCUGUUACUCGUGUUGUUUUCGUAACCGAGUGUUAUAUCAAGACAACAACUGUCCGUUGUGUAGACACGACAACAAACUUGUGGUCUUUUCCAAGAAGAAAGGAAAAUUUGAAGAUUUGACCAAGACGACACCUGUGUUCCAGUUGAAAGAAUAUGGUGUCGGGACAAAUGACCAAGGGGUAUUUAAGUACUUGAAGUAUCUUCUUUCAAACACUUGCAAAUUCUGUAGCAAAGAGUUUGAAACAAUAGAAAAGCUUAAUUUCCAUUAUCAAACGUAUCACCACGUCCAAUUCUGCCCCGUCUGUAUUAAUCAACAAAAGAGCUUCACAUGUGACAAGGAGGUGUACACUGAUGAACAAUUGCAAGAACAUAUGAAUGAGGUGGAUCCAGAAACUUUGGUCAAGAAACACCCUUUCUGUGAAUUCUGUAAUAUCCCAUUCAUCGACUUGGACUCCCUUUAUAAACACUUGAAUACACAACAUGAGACCUGUUUCAUUUGCGACAAGAGAGCAGAAACACCGGGUACUUCGUAUUACAAAAAUUAUGAAGAGCUCUUUGCACAUAUGAAAAAGCAUCACUUUGUCUGCGAGGACCCAAACUGCUUGACUAAGAAGUACAUCGCUUUUUACUCAGAAGAAGAACUGAACAACCACAAAAUUGCAUUUCAUAUUAAAAAGGGCGAAAAAGUCAUAUUGGAGACGGGUGCGUAUUUUGAACCCAACGAUACUCGGCGAUACAACUCACGACAAAACACAGAACGACCCAAAUAUGGUUCCCGUCGACGUGAAGAGCGUAUAGAGAGUCGAUAUGAAUUUCAUCGAGAAGAAGAGAAGAAAGAGGAUGUUGAUGAUUUUGAAGAAGAAGAGGUUAUUUUUUCAAAGCAAGAUUUCCCAAGACUGGGAAAUGGCCCCGUCGAUCUCCAACCCGUUAUACCACAGAAACCAAUGAAAGAAAAGAAAACCACUGAAAUGUUCCCAGCACUCUCGAGCAACCCACAAAAGGAACAGAAAAAGAAACAAAAGAAGAUACUGAAAGAAGCUUACCAAAUGCAUGACAAACAAGAGAAGGAUUAUCAAUCAUUAGAAAAUAGACUGAAAAGCGCAGCGGGGACAAAAUAUGACUACUUUGUCGAUAUUCAAGGGAAGUUCAAGAGUGGCAAUGAAAGUGCAAAAGUGAUGUUAGACACCUUUAACCAAUGCUGUGGCAAAGUCAAAGACAAGAACGAACUCUUAGCGGAGUUCAUUAAUUCGUGGCAGAAUGCAAAACAGAGGAGCGAACUGAUUAAAAUCGAUAAUCAACAAAAUGAAGAGAAGACUAAGAUGCGAAUGAGAGACGAAAUGGUGAUGACCGCACAACGGUGGGAAGAAGAACAACAGAAACGUAUUCGUAUGAGAACCGAAAAACAGAUCAUCCCCGAAGCAGAAAGAAAAAAGGUCGUUCGCGAGCAGCCAAAACCUAAACCUAAAAACACUGAGAUGUUCCCUUCACUUGUGAAAGGACUCGACAGACCAAUUCAGAAGAAGGAUACAUCAAAUUGGAGUCAAAUUGCUGCUUACUCAUCAACUGAAGCGAGAAAGGCAAGGGAACAAACUAAGAAGCAAAAUGAAGGGAAAUUCUCAGAGUCACAAUUCCCAAAAUUGUGA